AUGAAGUCCAAAUCCACCCAAAAGACCACCGAACGCAAACAGCCGUACCAGAGACCCAAAGGCGGGCGAACUGGCUCUGUGAAGACGAAGAUUCGGGCCGUCCAGAUCCCCUCCCCCACUUCAUCAGCAUCAGCAUCAUCAUCAAAUACUCCCUCUCCAUCUCCACCUCCUUCGUUUGCGUCGGAAACCGCUCGCGAGACAUAUGUCGAGUCCUUCCGCGAGAACUAUCCAAACAUGGAACCCCGCAACGACUAUGAGCUGCUCAAGCUCGCACAGCGCAAACUGGAGGGAACUACAGUGGAGAUCCGUGCACGGGUGGACGACAUGCUGCAAGUGGACAUCACAUUCUUUGGCACCCGGGAGGCUGCUUUCGCGGCAGCGACAAGGACGCUGGAUACUGUUGUCUCUUUCACGGGGCGCAAGCCCCGUCCCAAUCGCGAUAUCGUGCACACUUGUCCUAUUCCCGGAAGCAAAUUCUCCAUCCGACUGUGGCCAGGCAACCCCUACGUCAGCGAAUACUGCAUGGACUUCGUGAAUACUGCAACGAAGGAGGCCGUCAACUCCCCAUUCGAGUUCGAGCUCUGGGCCGUCCCCGAUCCCGAUGCACCUUGGCUCUCCAUGCCGUCCGGCCGUCUCGGCUCCUUGGAAAGCAAUUUCCACAUCCCACAACACAAGAUCCUUCCGGGCUUGGAGAAGUGGGUGCUCCGCGAUGGGCAGACGUGCCUGCUGAAGCGUCCAGGGAAGAAGGACGUGAUGUUCCGAGUUCCCGUCCGCAGGAAGAUCAGACCUGUUCGGUACGAUGUCGACCUUCUCGAGUUCCCGAGGGAGGUGUAGUUGCACUUCCAAGUCGUUUUUUUGUCUCCCUCACCAUUCUGAUGCUAUUACUCGCUCUCGUUGUAUAUACCGCACACUUGUAUAUCAUAGACCUGUUUGGACUGUUUCGAUAUUAUCCAAUGUAUCUGCUCCUCUGUU